UUGGAAUUCUGGGUAAAAUUGUCUCAGUGAGAUAAACCCAAGCUUACAAUUUUGUUUAUUUUAUAAAACAAGCAUGGCCAGCAAUAGAUCCGUACUGCGUGCGCAAGAAGCUGUUAUUUACACGUGUUCUCUUUGUGACAGCGACUUUAGGGUAAGAUGGUACUGUAACGACUGUCGGGAGACUUUGUGUGACCGGUGUAAGGAGGCGCAUCAACUUGUGAAGAAUAUUAGAAACCACGUCAUUAUAUCGAUAGGGGACGCCAAAUGUCAGAGCAACACACCUGUAGCAGAGGUAUGUAAACUUCACCCAGGUAAACGGCGUGAUCUGUACUGCUCAGACUGUGACAUAAUCAUGUGUUCCAUGUGUCUUUCCCAGGAACACAGAGAACACGACUGGAGACAUUUUGAUGAAGAGUUUACCACCCAAAAGCAGAAAUUGAAGGAACACAUGAAAGCUAUUGCUACUAAAAUCGAACAAUUCGAGGAUAAGAUAUCGAACAGACAACGUUUUAACAAAGACUUUGAGGAUGCCAUUGAUACAGUGGGCAAAGCGGUGAACUCACAAAGGGCUAAGGUCAAGGCUGAAGUGGAUUAUCUUGCGGAUGCAGUAUUGUAUGGGUUAUCGUUCUUGCAGAAAGAAGAGUCAAUGUGUCUCAAGACGGAUUGUCAACGAUCCGAGGAAAAUGUUCAAGAAUUAAAAGGAUUGCUAAGAACAGGAUUGACGGCCACAUCGAAUGAAUCUGUUGUUGAAAUGCAGCAUACUCUGGCGGUCGGCUUGACCAAGUAUGAUGUUGGUGAAGUUUUACCGCGAAAGACGCCGACCUUUCUCCCAGGGAGCGUCGACAACUUCCUGUUUAGGAAGACGAUUGGCACGCUACAUACCGAUAUCCAGUAUCAGAAAAUAGACAUCAACAGCAAACAUGUUCAUUGCCUCUGUACUUUUACAGUACUUAAACAACGAAAUCAAGUGUUUUCUAUAUGCCCGACCGACGACAGACACGCCUGGUUAUCAAUAUGUGACUUCGAAGGCCUAGCACUGGUCAAUAGUGAGGGAUUAGUCAUUGAAACAGUAGAUCUGACAUUAUCACCGUACCGGAUUGCCAUGUUAGGAUCAACAGAUAUACUUAUAACGAGAUACGGAAAAUGGACAUCGUUAUAUAAGCUGACUUUGCACACCAGAUGUGUAACCGAAUUUGCAGAUAUCAGUCCACACACACCACGUGACAUUAGCAUCAACGAGAGCGGCGAGGUGUUUGUAAGUACCGGGGCACCAACAAUAGUGGUGCUUGAUUAUUCAGGAAACAUCAUCAAACAGUUUCCGUCUGGAACCAAAGGAUGGGAUGUAGCAUGUUUGUCGGCAGGCGGUUUGGCAGUAUCCGUCUCGAAAAAGUUUCAUUCAGAGGAAAUACUCUUUCAAACCAAUGAUGGAAAGAUAAGCAAUAAAUGGGCAGGUGACCUCGAAAACGGCAAAAAUGUUGAGAAGAUGCAUCUGUGUAAGAUGUCACGUGACAGGCAUGACAGACUGUUCGUACCUGACUUCAACAACAACCAGGUGUAUGUUCUGUCAGGAAAUGGUAUGUUGGCUGCUUGCCUUCUGGAAGAGAAACACGGCGUGGAAGGCCCGACAGCGGUGGGUGUGGACACGUGUGGGGACGUAUGGGUCGGGUGUGGGGACGGCACCGUUCAUGUCAUGAGACUUUAAAACGGCUACAGUUUUAUGUCAUUCAUGUGUCGUGUUUCUUAAAAAAACAAAUAUUACUAUCAUCCAUUAGUAUCAAAAUGAUGUUUUCAGACGAUAUAACUUACUUACAAUGGCCAAGUGGUUGAUGCAUCUGUCAUUCUAGAUCUGCUACCACUAGCCCUCCACCACUGGGUCGAGGGUUUGAGACCUACGUGGGGCAGUCGCCAGGUUUCGGGAACUGGUUCCUCCACCAACGAAACCUGGCACGUCCUCCAAUCACCAUAGCUGUUAAUAGGACGUAAAAUACGAACAAACCAAACCCAACAUAAAAUUGUUACGGAUGUUUGUACGUCUCUGGAAAUUGUUUUCAUUGAUGAACAAUUUAUUUUAUAUACUGUGUGUUUCAAUAAUCUAACAACUAACUUUGUGUGAUUUUAUGAUCUGUGUAAUAUCCGGGUGACUUCGAGACCAACAGAACACUUGUAUUACAACUUUGUAAGGACUGUACAAGUCUUGGUCUAUGUAAUAUCCGGUUGGUUUAGAGCCAAAAGAACACUUGUAUUUUCUUAGUCGUUGUAAUAUCCUGCUGAUUUAGA